CCAAUCAGAUCGCUGCUGAGCGGUCCCACAGCCAACCCCUGAAGAGCAGCCUGCUGGCUUCCCCAGCGCCCAGGAGUUGGGGAUGUCCUACAAACCUACCACCCCUGCCCCCAGCAGCACCCCCGGCUCCAGCACCCCUGGGCCAGGCACUCCGGUCCCUACAGGAAGCGUCCUGUCGCCGUCGGGCUCAGGGCCGGGAGCCACUGCCCCUUUCAGAACGCUGUUUAAAGACUUUGGACCGCCUACCAUCGGUUGUGUGCAGGCCAUGAAACCACCUGGUGCCCAGGGCUCCCAGAGCACCUACACGGAACUGCUGUUGGUCACAGGGGAGAUGGGCAAAGGGAUCUGGCCCACCUAUGCUGGCAGCAAGAGCGCCGUGAAGCGCCCGAAGAGAGGUAUCAUCCAUCCCUAGUCAGAGUGCCUGGUAGAGACAGAGUGGAACGCCCACACUUAACAGGAAGCUCCUAGGCCUCUGUGUCUGGACUCCAGAGCACCUGC